AUGUCAACUACCUUUCCGGGACUAGUCCACGAUGCCGAGAUACGUCACGACGGAUCAAACAGCUACCGUUUGAUGCAGCUUGGCUGUCUGGAGUCCGUAGCCAAUUCCACUGUCGCCUAUUCCUCCUCCUCCCCUCUAACUUACUCCACCACCGGCACCGAGUUUGCGUCCCCCUACUUCUCCACUAACCACCAGUACACCCCGCUCCACCACCAGUCCUUCCAUUACGAGUUUCAGCACAGCCACCCGGCCGUCACUCCCGACGCCUACUCUCUGAACUCGCUCCACCACUCGCAGCAGUACUACCAGCAGAUCCACCACGGGGAGCCCACCGACUUUAUUAACCUGCACAAUGCGCGGGCGCUCAAGCCGUCCUGCCUGGAUGAACAGAGGCGCGAGCUGGGCUGCCUCGAUGCCUACCGCCGCCACGACCUGUCCCUCAUGAGCCACGGCUCUCAGUAUGGAAUGCACCCAGAUCAAAGACUCCUGCCCGGGCCCAGCCUGGGGCUGGCCGCCGCGGGAGCCGACGACUUGCAGGGCUCUGUGGAAGCCCAGUGUGGGCUCGUUCUCAAUGGCCAAGGUGGAGUGAUAAGAAGAGGUGGCACCUGUGUGGUCAACCCCACAGACUUGUUUUGCUCUGUCCCUGGUCGUUUGUCCCUUCUCAGUUCUACUUCCAAAUACAAGGUGACCAUUGCUGAGGUGAAGAGACGCCUCUCACCACCUGAAUGCCUCAAUGCUUCACUCUUGGGAGGCAUUUUGAGAAGAGCAAAAUCCAAGAAUGGGGGUCGCUGCCUGAGGGAGAAACUGGAUAGGCUUGGCCUGAACUUGCCAGCCGGAAGACGGAAAGCAGCCAACGUUACCCUACUGACUUCCUUAGUUGAAGGGGAGGCAUUACACUUGGCUCGAGAUUUUGGCUACACUUGUGAAACAGAGUUUCCAGCCAAAGCAGUAGGAGAACAUCUUGCCAGACAACAUAUGGAACAGAAAGAACAGACAGCAAGAAAAAAGAUGAUCCUAGCGACCAAACAAAUUUGUAAAGAAUUUCAAGACCUCUUGAGCCAAGAUAGAUCACCGCUGGGAUCCUCCAGACCCACUCCAAUUCUAGACCUUGACAUCCAGAGACACUUAACACAUUUCAGUUUGAUCACUCAUGGCUUUGGGACCCCAGCAAUAUGCGCAGCCCUAAGCACUUUCCAAACAGUCCUCAGUGAAAUGCUGAACUACUUGGAAAAGCACACCACUCACAAAAAUGGCGGCGCGGCGGAUUCUGGCCAAGGACACGGCACCUCGGAGAAAGCCCCCCUGCGGAAAACUUCAGAGGCUGCUGUGAAAGAGGGCAAAACAGAAAAGACAGACUAG